AUGUAUGGAGCCGGCAUGGAGAAUGGAAAACAAGUGAUCCGGGAGCAGGUUGCCGCCAGAAAAUUUGUCUCCAGGGAACUAGAUGUUGCUGCAGAGCAUGCUCAGGCGAUGCAUGAUGCUAUAAAAUUUUUCAUGGAGACAGACUUUGCCUCCUACCUUCGCCUGGGUGAGCUGGACAUAGGGAGCCUUUGUCAGAUCUGCAAUGAUACUGACUCCGAGGAAGGCCAUCCUGAAGGUGGCGCUUCUCACGUUGGACCUUCCUCCACCCCUCAGCUUGUAUCCCUCGGCGGCAUGAGUCUGCAAGCUUUCCAGCGUUCGUACUCGUGUGUGAGCCGUGAUUGGUUGUUUCUGGGUUGGUCGUCUUCCAUAAGAUGA